CCUCAGUGGAGCCGUGUCGUGAUCUCGAUCAAUGCCAUUUGUCUCUCGAUAUACUGACGCGUUAUAAAUCUUGCCAGACGCCAGGUGGUUGCUAGAUCGCGACACGAUGGCUGACUUCCCGCAACUGCGCCAUGUCAUACGGACCUGUCCUGUACGCGUUCACGUAGUUGCUAAGGGGCUGUCGUGUCAGGCUAAGUGAUUUGACCAUAGGUUAUUGACAACCACGCGCAUAAUUUAUUGCUGCCGUCGGAAUAUGCGAAUCACCCGUUUGAAAGCAUAACCACCGAGGCGGCCGGCCCGGCGCUGUCCGAUGCAUACUUCUCUCUUUCGCAUCUGCGGGCGUUGACCCAGCUCAGGGACCUGUACAGUUACGAUGGGCCUGACACAGAGUGGAACUGGGCCCGGCUUCAGGAGUUGCGCCAUCAAUGGAUAGAGCGCGAUCAUGACGGUCUUGUUCGCAGCUGCCUCCAGGGCACAUAUUCGAUUCUAAUGGACGAUGGUCUCCUCGAUCCGAGCAUCAUGCACGACUACAGGUACCACGACCAGUUCACGGAAGCGCCAACUAAGCGCAUCCUCAGGAUUGAAACCCUUGCAGAGAGUCUCAUGGCGGAGCUGACUCGAAACGCCAAGGACGAAGAUCUUGCUGUUGCAGACUUCAUGGCGGACACGUAUUUGCUCUUCACGGAGCGCUUCGAAAUCCAGAUCAAGCAGGCGAUCGAAGACCCCGAGGUAGCUGGCUUCAAGAGCAUAAUAUGCUACCGUAGCACCGAGUCUCUAAACAUCGAGCCUGACUACGAAAGGGCACUGCUGAAGAUUGGACCCAGCUUCGAGGCGUACAUCGCACGGUGCGUUGAGCGUAAACGAUACCGCGUUGACAGUAAGUCGGUCAACGACUUUCUAGUGCUGAAAACUUUGGAGCUGCUGGCGAGCAGUUACGAGAAGGGAACGUUCUCAAAGCCGAUACAAUUUCAUGCGGGCUUAGGUGACACCGAUAUCGAUCUGCUCCAGAGCAAUCCGGCCUAUUUACAGCCCCUGGUUGAGCGGUAUCCCGAAGUACCAUUUGUGAUUCUGCACUCCGCAUAUCCGUACACGCGAGAAGCCGGGUAUCUGGCCAUGGCAUACAAAAACGUAUACCUUGACCUCGGCGAAGUUUUUCCCAUGCUGUCGCGAGAUGGUGAGGUGAAAGUGCUACGACAGUCCUUGGAGCUGGUCCCAUUCUCCAAAUUGCUGUGGAGCACGGAUGGACAUCUUUUCCCAGAAACAUACUGGCUAGCCAACAGACAGUUUCGGGAAGCUUUGGAGGAAGUGGUCACUGGAUUUGCGAGAGAGAAGGAUCUGUCCGAGCAGGAGGCGAUCGGCCUAGUGACGGCUAUAUUGUUCAAUAACGCUAAUUACCUCUACAAUCUGCAUUAUCCGUUGCAUGAUGGUGGCACAGCGAUAGACAAGAGAAUGAUGCCGUAUGCCAAAGUUAUUGACCCCAACAGGGAAGCUACUCAACCGAGCGGCGCACCGAAGUCAUCCACAUCUACAUACGACGUACGGAUUUGGUCCAGCUUCGUGAAGCUUAAUCAGGAAAUCCGCUUCGUCUUUGUUCAGUGGCUUGACUGGAUGGGCACGAUUAGGCACCGCAUCUACCCUGCGAUCGAGUUUCAAAAGCUGAUCCAAGCAGGUAAGCGUAUCGAGAUUUCAAGAGGCAACCUGGGAACGCUUCAAGACGACACCGUUACGCCUGUUGUGAACACUACGGGCAUCGUAUGCGUAGAGCCAGAUCUUAAAUCCUUGAAACCUGCGGCCGGUAGCCCACGACCUGCAGCGACGGUGAUGUCGUGUCUUUGCGACACGGAAGGCAACCCAAUACCGGAGUGUGCUCGUUGUGCCGUCAAAAAGCUAGAAAGAGAGGUGUUAGAAAAACACUCCAUCGAGCUUCUUGUGGGCUUCGAGAUUGAAUGCGUUUUCCUCCGUCGAGGGUCCGACAGCGAACAGUCCGAAUAUGAGUGUCUGACCACAACGCAUGCCUGGGGCACGUUGAGCGCGGAACAAUGGAUGAAAUUACUACCUCUCACCAUGGAGAUUCACGACGCGCUGCAGAGCAUCGGCAUCCAGAUACAGGCCAUGCACCCAGAAUCUGCGCCGGGUCAGUACGAGUUCAUCCUACCGCCGCUGUCACCAACUGAGGCGAUAGACACGCUUUACCAAGCACGUCAGUGCAUAGCUAUAGUCGCGGAGCAGCACAGCGUGCGUGCGACGCUGCACCCGAAGCCCUUCUCCGGCGCCGGUUCAGGAGCUCAUGCUCACGUGUCUCUGAACUCGGACCAUCUCUCAGAAGAGCAGCUGCAGGCUAAAGGGACACAUUUCUGGGCCGAAGUUCUCGCCCACAUGGAAGCGCUGUGCGCAUUCUCUUUGCCCGAGAGUGAGAGCUACGACCGCAUCGUCGAGGACUCCUGGACCGGUGGGGUGUGGGUUGCUUGGGGUACGCAAAACAGGGAGGUUCCGCUUAGGAAGAGUGCUGGAAAUCGGUGGGAAAUACGGGCCAUCGACGGCUUCGCGAACAUGUACCUCGUCCUCGCCGCAAUCAUGGCCGCAGGCUUGCGUGGUAUGGACGAGCAGGUUGAGGAAACAAUUAAGGACUGCCCCGAGAACCCAGCCCACCUCGACGAAGAAGGCAGGGCGAGUUACGGAAUCACACGGCCGCUCCCCAGGACUCUGGAGGAUGCACUCAAAGCGCUAGAAGAGGACCAGGUCUUAGCCAGCAUUUUACCCGCCGGUAUGGUCAGAACCUACAUGGUCAUGAAAAGGAGUGAACAAAGACGGUUAUUACGUCCCGAACCAGAGAGAAGGAGAUGGCUCAUUGAACGAUACUGAUGCUGCUGAACGUGGUUACCAGAUGCGAAUUUGAUAAAGAUGAUGAUCUCACCGAUACGAAUGAAUAUCAUUAGUUACCAGUAACUGCUGUCCGAAUCUGAGAAUGUGAUGCGAUUUUGUUGAUCAAAAGAUAAGGAUUAUGUACUAAACGACGUAUCCUGUCGUAUCAUCGAGUCGUUGUCAAAAACCACAUCGACUUUCAAAUACGCUGCGUCGCGUUACGCUGAGCAUCUAGGUUAAAACGGCGGCAAACGUCUAGUGGAAUGGAUGAAUGUAAUGAUUUUUUGAAAACGCGUAUAACGACGCAAGGGGCCGAUUAGAAUUUCAUG